CUCCCUCAGUUUACGUCUACGGCCAGACCCAAAGGAGUCGCCAAAACAGUCUGGAGCAGCGCCAGCGAUGCAAGCUGUGCUCCUCACGCUGACCCUGUGCGCUCUGCAGCUCUGCCCGGCCGUUCUAGGAGGCCCGCAGCACCAGCGGUUCGUGCUAGGCGGUGGCUGGCCGCUCAAGUUGACCAGGGUACACAACUUUGCUUGGAAGAAUUGUGAUCCUUCAGACCCAGCUCGGAUCAAAAGCCUGAAUAUAAUUCCAGACCCAAUUCGCAUCCCAGGAGAUGUGACAGUCAGUGUCUCAGGUGCCACCACUAUAACUUUGGAAGCUCCUAUGACGGCAAUUGUUACUUUAGAGAAGAAGAUUGGUGAUAUGUGGCUAAAAGUUCCCUGUGUUGACCAGCUUGGAAGUUGCACUUAUGAUGAUGUUUGUGCUAUCUUGGACAGUUUGGUCCCUCCAGGCCAGCCAUGUCCAGAACCUUUGCACUCUUAUGGCAUUCCUUGCCGCUGCCCCUUCAAAGCAGGUUCUUACGGUCUGCCUUCUACAGACUUGUACAUACCCAACAUGGACUUGCCUUCUUUCCUCACCAAUGGGGACUACAGGCUAAAGGUUAUACUGAAGAAUCACGAACAAGAGUUUGGCUGUGUGAUGGUGUCCUUCUCACUGCAUGCAGAGAGUCGCUGGUUCUGGUGGUGAUUGCAGUGCAGACGUCUGUUGCCAAGUGCCCUGUUUCCUUCCUGCACUUUCUGUCCCAUUGGCGUGCUAGUGCUGAGACAUACUUUUCAGCCUUAAGGGGAAGGGGAAUAAGUAUUGCUUUUAUGAUUGCUCUUAAAUCUCUUGGAGGUGCAGCCUAACUCAGUGAAGAAGUGUUCAUAAAUAUUUUUAACACAAAACUAAUAUUUCUAUGACCAGCCAGUAUUCAUUUGCUGAUUAAGAUAAGGGUUGCUUCGCACAGGAUAUUUGUCCUACAUGGGAAUAGAACAGAAAUAUAUAAUUGUCACAUGUGUAGAUCCUGUAAAUGCAUGUAUGUGUAUUGAGAAUACACCUCCAAGCAUGUGCACGUUCAACAAAAUAGGUGAGCUAUGUAUAAAAUUAUGUAUGAAUUCUCCUUACAUCCAAGGUUCUCAAAUGAUGGGGAGGGUCCCAAAGAGGCACUAAAAUGGUUUGUACUCUGGGCAAGUAUUGAUUGGUGGAUUGAAAUAUGUCUGAGCAAACUCAAUUUCCUCCUUCCCACCUCUGCUAAGGGCCUGAUUCUGGCUUCUUCAUUCUUGCUCCCAUCAUUUACAAGAGAGGUUGCAAUUCUGAUAGCAGUGCCCAUUUCAGCCAGCUUCAUUCUGUCACUCCCAGUUGGAGCUAAUGAGUGAGUAAAGGAAUCUUGAACAAAGCCACAAGAGUAGAAACAGUGAGACAGAUGGAAAAUGGAGCAAGCUCCUACUUAAAGAAAAGAUAGUAUCUGUUUACUCCAAGUUGUAGAUCUUUUGCUACUUGUUAUAGAUAACACUACAUGGAACACAUCUCCAUGUGCCCAUCUUUUAAACAUUUUAUGGUGCUUGGUUGAAAACAAUGGUCCAAAAGAUAGAGAAAGCAGUGCCUGUAGGGAGAUUCAAAAAGUUUGCAAAAUAAAUGGCCUUUUUCUCCUACAUAAAGGUGGGGGGCAGGAAUCAUGUGUGAAGUAGCCCUUAUACACAUACUUAAUUUUAUUCAUUAUGCACAACAGUUUUGGUUCUGAUCGUGCAUUGGCUUGUAUGGAGGUGGCUCUUGCCUUUCAAGUCAGCCUCUGGCAUCAUCAGGAAGAAAAUAGCGUGAAGAUCUGUGCAGAUAAUUCUGAAUUCUUUUACAUUUCAUGUGGAAGACUACUAACAUUCCUAGAAAGGACCAAAUGGUUGUAGAUCUGUUGCAAAAUAUUGGUAGAUUAUUUGGGUACUCCUGAGAAAAACAACAGAUUUUCGUUUGUAUGGGCAUUUUCUUUUCUUGUUUAACUAGAGAAAGGUGGCUAUUGAUCUUUGAUUUUUUUAAAAAUUAGCACUGCCAACCUAGGCAGAGUUAUGCUAUUCUCAAUUCACUGAAGUCUCUGGUCUUAGAAGGGUGUAACUUGGUUUAGGAGUGUGACUGAUUUCACACUCAGGUCAGAGUCCGGAAAUAUCAGGCUCUCUUACAUUCAAAGAGGAAUGGUCUUGACCACGAAACUAAAGAGGAGCAAACUGAUUGGCUUUUGAACAUUGCAAGCUGUAUUGUUUUGGAGAUCCAGCAACUCUGUAGUUAACCAAGUAAUUUGAAGACAUGGAUGUUGGCUGGAUAGAUACUGUAUCAUAUGCUAAUAUCUGUGUAACUGAUUAUUGGAAUUUGGUUGAUGCAUUGUAUUCUGUUACAAAUGGUUGGACUAGGUUGUUUGGGAUUCUUGUUAACCAUUCAGUUCUGUGGAACAAUGAACAAAUUUGCUUGAUAUGUUACAUGUGUUGCCCUGGCAAAAAAAAAAUGUUGAUUGCACUCUGUUAGGCAUUCCACCUUCUAUAGUUUAUGGUUAAUAAUUUGACAGUCAAGAAUUUGAUAAGAUUUCUGACUAAUGAUUAAUUCUUAAGAUGCGAUCAUGCUUGAUUGAUGUUCAGAGGAACUCUUCUACUAGCCAUCCUACUUUCAGUAUGGUCAGUCCCCUCCCGUUCCCCUUCCCUCUCAAUAAAACCAUACACUUCUGUAUGGUUCUACAAGUUCUAAUGAAUUUGGACCUGUGAUCUGUGUAACAAGAGUAACGACAUACUUCAUCCUGUCCAUUACCCUUGAUGUUCAUGAGCUAAAUAGAACUCUGUCUUUAGUAUUAUCUCUUCCAGAAGUGUUAGGUAUUCUGCUAUUAUAACUUUCUUGAUUUUGUGCCAUUGCACUUAAUUUGAGAGGAUAGGCUAUCAUGAUUGUGCAUCCUGUUUCAUAUCUUAGUGCCGUCUACAUACGACACCCUCUGUCCUGCUCCUUCUUUAUACUUGACACGCUUCCCAAAUUAAAUCCCCUGCUACACACUACGUGCUCUGUGUUCCACUCUAAUCUACAUAAAUAUUAUGCAACAUUGAUAAAUUGAGAAAAUGUUGAUAGGUGGUCCAGAGAAUCUAAAAUAAGGAGGGAUGUCAUAGUACUUCUCUCUCUCCCUCUCCCUCUCCCUCUCCCUCUCCCUCUCCCCCUCCCUCCCUCCCUUGCCUAGUCCUAGGACUGUAGGGAAAAUGUCUUCGUACCCAUCAGUUCCAGUGAAAGAUUGUGAGGGAUCUUCCUGGAGAGAUCACGGUUCUGCACAAGUAUACCAUGCAGGGUUGCUUUGUUUUCUGUAGGCCCCUAAAUUGUAAAAUGUGUUUAAUAUGCAUGAGUUGAGGCAGGAAGUAGCACAUGACAAAGAAUUUCCUUGACUAGUUAAGGGGCAGACCAUACCCCUCCGGCCCUAUUCAUAGCUCUCUUGUUGGACCCAUAAUUGCUCCCAGUACACGUGUUGAAGAGACUGAAUCCCCCACACCCAUCCUGUGGUGCUGCAUAUGAAGUGUGUGGAUAAGGCACCAAUGCUUGACUUCUAAUCAUGCAAUUGCCAUUGUGCAGUUCAUUCAAAAUUGUUGCAUAGCAACCUUCUAGUACAUAACACUUUAAUGCAACUGUGCUGUUAAAGCAUGAUAAAAGACUUGCUUGAUUUUAGCCACUAAUGAUUUCCUGAUUAUGGCUAUAACACCAUAUAAUUACAUAGAUACAUGGAACAUGAGAAUUAUAACUUACGUACUUGUGGAAUGUUUUGUUUAGGAUACCUUUCAUUUUCCUUGAUUUACUGCAUUUAAGUUGAUGAUUGAUUUAUGUUGCUUUCAUUUGCUCUUUAAUCUCUUGAAUUAUUUUUUACCCCAAAUGCUGAUGAGAAACCAUGUUUUUUUGUUUGGGGCGGGGGGUGUCCAGUUUUGUGUUUUUAAAAAACUGAAUGGCCUUGAGUUCUGGUGCCAUAGGGAAAUACUGAAUAAAUCCUUUUUAUGGAUA